AUGGAGAACAGUCACCCCCCCCACCACCACCACCAGCAGCCCCCGCCGCAGCCCGGCCCUUCGGGCGAGAGGAGGAACCACCAUUGGAGAAGUUACAAGUUGAUGAUUGACCCGGCUCUGAAAAAGGGGCAUCAUAAACUGUACCGCUACGAUGGGCAGCAUUUCAGCCUGGCGAUGUCCAGCAACCGCCCCGUGGAAAUUGUCGAAGAUCCCCGGGUCGUUGGGAUCUGGACCAAAACCAAGGAGCUGGAGCUGUCGGUGCCCAAAUUCAAGAUCGAUGAGUUCUACGUGGGCCCGGUGCCUCCGAAGCAGGUGACAUUUGCCAAGCUGAAUGAUAACAUCCGAGAAAACUUCCUGAGGGACAUGUGUAAGAAGUAUGGGGAGGUGGAGGAGGUGGAGAUUUUGUACAACCCUAAGACCAAGAAGCACUUGGGCAUUGCCAAGGUGGUCUUUGCGACCGUCAAGGGAGCCAAGGAGGCUGUUCAGCAUCUGCAUAGCACUUCAGUCAUGGGCAAUAUCAUCCACGUGGAGCUGGACACUAAAGGGGAAACCCGAAUGCGGUUCUACGAACUGUUGGUCACGGGCCGAUACACACCCCAGACCCUCCCAGUGGGUGAGCUGGAUGCUGUCUCUCCAAUCGUGAACGAGACCCUGCAGCUGUCAGAUGCUCUGAAGCGCCUCAAGGAUGGUAGCCUAGCUGCUGGCUGUGGCUCCGGCUCAUCCUCUGUCACCCCCAAUAGUGGUGGGACACCCUUCUCCCAGGACACUGCAUACUCCAGCUGCCGCCUGGACACACCCAACUCCUAUGGACAGGGCACACCGCUCACGCCGCGUCUGGGCACCCCCUUCUCGCAGGACUCCAGCUACUCCAGCCGCCAGCCCACACCCUCCUACCUCUUCAGCCAGGACCCCACAGUGACCUUCAAGGCCCGGCGCCAUGAAAGCAAGUUCACAGAUGCCUACAACCGCCGCCACGAGCAUCAUUAUGUCCACAACUCCUGUGCGGUCACUGCAGUGGCAGGGGCACCAGCCGCCUUCAGGGGCUCUGUGGACCUCCCGUUUGGGGCAGUCAGCAGCAGUGGGGGCAACGGUGGCCCUCCGUUCAAGGCCCAACCACAGGAUUCGGCCACGUUCGCCCACACUCCACCACCUGCCCCAGCGACCCCCACUCCUGGAGUCACAUUCAAGUCGACUUUCUCUCCGUAUCAGACCCCUGUGCCCCCUUUCCCCCCACCCCCUGAGGAGCCCGCCACCGCAGCCGCCUUUGGGGCCCGCGACAGUGGGGAAUUCCGGAGAGCACCUGUGCCCCCACCCCUGCCACCCACUGAGCCCCUGACCAAGGAGAAGCCGGGCACACCGCCUGGCCCACCACCUCCUGAUGCCAACAGCAUGGAGUUGGGUGGCCGGCCGACCUUUGGCUGGAGUCCUGAGCCCUGCGACAGUCCAGGCACGCCUACGCUGGAGUCAUCACCUGCGGGGCUGGAGAAGCCCCACGACAGCUUGGACUCACGCAUAGAGAUGCUGCUGAAGGAACAGCGCACCAAGCUGCCUUUCCUUCGGGAGCAGGACUCGGAUACGGAGCUGCAGAUGGAGGGCAGCCCUAUCUCCUCCUCCUCCUCCCAGCUCUCCCCACUGGCCCCCUUUGGCACCAACUCCCAGCCAGGCUUUCGAGGCCCCACACCGCCCUCCUCACGCCCCUCCAGCACCGGCCUGGAGGAUAUCAGCCCCACGCCACUGCCCGACUCAGAUGAGGAUGAUGAGCUUGACCUGGGCUUGGGGCCCCGGCCCCCUCCGGAGCCAGGCCCCCCGGACCCUUCUGGUCUUCUGGGCCAGACAACUGAGGUAGCCUUGGACCUGGCUGGAGACAGGACCCCAACCUCAGAGAAGAUGGAUGAGGGCCAGCAGUCCUCGGGCGAGGACAUGGAGAUCUCGGAUGAUGAGAUGCCCUCAGCCCCCAUCACCAGCGCCGACUGCCCCAAACCCAUGGUGGUGACCCCAGGGGCGGCAGCCGUGGCGGCCCCCUCUGUGCUGGCUCCGACCCUGCCGCUGCCCCCACCCCAGGAGACAGUGAGCGUCGCCACCUCCGAGGCUGGAGCCGCGUCCGCCAGCGAGAGCUCUGAGUCUUCCGAGUUCGAAUCGAGCUCCGAGUCCUCGUCAUCGUCCUCAGAGGAUGAAGAGGAGCUUCUGCAGGUGGGGACAUUGAGGUUCACCGCGUCCGCCAGCGAGAGCUCUGAGUCUUCCGAGUUCGAAUCGAGCUCCGAGUCCUCGUCAUCGUCCUCAGAGGAUGAAGAGGAGCUGGUGAGGGAGGAGGAGGAGGAGGAGGAGGAGGAGGAGGAGGAGGAAGAGGAGGAAGAGGAAGAGGCAGCAGCAGAUGAAAGUACGGCUCCUGCGGCUCCCGACGAGGACUUGGAGGACGAUGUGGCCACGGGGGCCCCUGUGACGGAGUCCUCGGUCAUGGAAGAGGAGGUGGACAUCGAGGCUGAGGAUGAAGCCCCCGAGGAGCGGACCCCCAUGCCGGAAGAGCUCCCCUUGCCUGUGUGUGCCGAGGAGCCGGCUAGCCGCAAGGAGCCCCCCGAGGAGCCGGGCCUGAAGCAGGAAGGGGCCAGGUUGCGGUCUCCAGAGCCCCCGGCCGGAGAGAUGGAGGCCCGGCCCCCACCGUCCCCGGAGCGCACCCCAGAGGAUGACCUGGAAGUGGAGCCCCCUACGCUGCUCUCCUUGUCCCUGCAGCCGCCAUUACCACCCCCUCGACCGCCCCGGCCGCCUAGCCCACCACCAGAGCCCGAGACCCCAGACCCCCCACACCCACCCGUCCCUCUGGAGCCCCCUCCAGAGGAGCAGCCCCCGCGUACUCCGGGCCUCUGUGGCAGCCUGGCCAAGUCACAGAGUACAGAGACGGUGCCGGCCACGCCGAGUGGGGAGCCCCCACUGUCAGGGGGCAGCAGCGGCCUGUCGCUGAGCUCCCCACAGGUGCCCGGCAGCCCCUUCUCCUACCCAUCCCAGUCCCCGAGCUUAAGCAGUGGGGGCCUCCCCAGGACACCUGGUCGGGACUUCAGCUUCACACCCACCUUCCCCGAGCCUGGUGGGCCCCUGCUCCUGCCUGUCUGUCCCCUCCCAGCUGGCCGGCGCGAUGAGCGAUCUGGCCCCCUGGCCUCCCCGGUGCUCCUGGAGACGGGCCUGCCUCUUCCCCUGCCCUUGCCCUUGCCUCUGCCCCUGGCAUUGCCUGUCCCUGUCCUGCGGGCCCAGACCCGGGCCCCUGCCCAGCUGCCACCUCUGUUGCCCGCGCCGCUGGCCCCGUGCCCACCCCCUAUCAAGAGGAAGCCGGGCAGGCCCCGGCGAUCCCCGCCAGCUGUGCUCUCCUUGGAUGGGCCCUUGGUCCGGCCGCCGGGGGGGGCCACCCUCGGCAGGGACCUCCUGCUCCUGCCAGGCCAGCCACAGACCCCUGUCUUUCCCAGCACCCAUGACCCCCGGGCCGUGACCCUGGACUUCCGGAACGCGGGGAUCCCAGCCCCCCCACCGCCCCUGCCCCCCCAGCCUCCUCCGCCCCCACCGCCACCCCCUGUUGAGUCCACCAAGCUGCCCUUUAAGGAGCUAGAGAACCAGUGGCCCUCCGAGGCUAUCCCUCCGGGCCCCCGCGGGCGUGAUGAGGUCACUGAGGAGUUCAUGGACCUGGCCAAGGUUCGGGGGCCCUGGCGCCGGCCGCCUAAGAAGCGUCAUGAGGACCUGGUGGCCCCAGCCUCGCCCGAGCUCUCGCCACCACAACCCCUCUUCCGGCCCCGGUCGGAGUUUGAGGAGAUGACCAUCCUGUAUGACAUCUGGAACGGUGGCAUCGAUGAGGAGGACAUCCGCUUCCUGUGUGUCACCUACGAGCGGCUGCUGCAGCAGGACAACGGCAUGGACUGGCUCAAUGACACCCUCUGGGUCUACCAUCCCUCCACCAGCCUCUCUUCAGCUAAGAAAAAGAAACGGGACGAUGGCAUCCGUGAGCACGUGACAGGCUGUGCCCGCAGCGAGGGCUUCUAUACCAUCGACAAGAAGGAUAAGCUCAGAUACCUCAACAGCAGCCGCGCCAGCACCGACGAGCCCCCGACAGACACGCAGGGCAUGAGCAUCCCGGCGCAGCCUCAUGCCUCCACUCGGGCAGGCUCGGAGCGGCGUUCUGAGCAGCGCCGUCUGCUGUCCUCCUUCACUGGCAGCUGUGACAGUGACCUGCUUAAGUUCAACCAGCUCAAGUUCCGGAAGAAGAAGCUCAAGUUCUGCAAGAGCCACAUUCACGACUGGGGCCUGUUUGCCAUGGAGCCCAUCGCGGCCGACGAGAUGGUCAUUGAGUACGUGGGCCAGAACAUCCGCCAGGUGAUCGCGGACAUGCGGGAGAAGCGUUACGAGGAUGAGGGCAUCGGCAGCAGCUACAUGUUCCGGGUGGACCACGACACCAUCAUCGAUGCCACCAAGUGCGGCAACUUCGCGCGCUUCAUCAACCACAGCUGCAAUCCCAACUGCUAUGCCAAGGUGAUCACGGUGGAGUCGCAGAAGAAGAUUGUCAUCUACUCGAAGCAGCACAUCAAUGUCAACGAGGAGAUCACCUACGACUACAAGUUCCCCAUCGAGGACGUCAAGAUCCCCUGCCUGUGUGGCUCUGAGAACUGCCGGGGGACCCUCAACUAGGCCCUGUGGAAGGCUGCCCGCGCCGCCCUGGGGCUCCCGAGCAUGGACCCCAGGGCCCCGGGGCCCAGCCCCACCUCCCACCCCCAUUUCAGGUGCUGUCCCCUACCCAGCAGCCAUGUCAGGGCCUGGCGCCCCCAACACUACCCCCAGGACCCAGCGCAGCUCCAGCCCCUCAGUGGGAAAGGGCUUCUCUGUCUCUCAGCCCAUGUCUCUUUGGUUUUUUGAAAUGCUCCCUUCAGGAUUUUUGUUGAGCUCCAGCGUAAACUCUCUGUCCGUGUCUCUCACUCUCUGUCUCUCUGUCUCUGGCCUUCUCUUUUCCCGUCUUCCCCAUCAGCCUCUUUCCAUGAAUGCUGCUAUGUUGUUUUGUCUUCUCUUUACUCUCUUCCUCGUCAUAAGAAAAGCCGUUUUAACCGUUGAAAUGUGAAAGCAGAAUCAGAGAGCGGGGACCCCCAGCGGGGGCUGCAGAGGCCUCGGUGUGGUGGCGUGUCGGCCCACGUUCCGGAACCCCCGGGCCAGGGCGCUGGGCCAGGUGCUGCAGAGAGGAGGGGGUCGGGCCACGCGGCUCUGACCUCAGAACACUACACAAGGCCCCCUCUCUGCUGGCAGAGGUGACUCAGUGAGGAGAAGACCCUCCCCAUCUGUUCCUUCCCCGGCAGCCUGGGGGCGCCAUAUCCCCUAGCAGACCCUGGUGGAGCCAAGCUGGUCCCAGGCAGGAAUUUCUCCGCGGCUCUCCCCGCCACCUCAACACCCCACCACCC